AGUAGCGCCCGCUGUGAAGCGCUAUGACAACAGGGCGAAGAUGGCUCGGAGUUAGGCGGGAGUGGGGAGGUACCCUCCGUCGCGCCUGGGGCUUUUCUGCUCCAUCCCACUCGCCGCCUCUGCCCUCAUCUUCUCUUGGACAGCGGCAGGAUUUGCAGUUGUUCCCGCCUGCCUAGUCUCUUCCAAGGGAUAGAUGCCGUUUCCUCGGAGGUUGACAGGGGGAGCGGAGGCGCUCCUUGGGGGAAUCGCUCCAACGCUGCGGAGCUGGUGAUGCUGUUUGGUAAGACUCUCUCUUUGCCCGGGACGCGGAACAAGUUCGAACAGGAGAACGAGAAGGAGUAGGGAAGCUAAGGGUAACUCUUCUCUGCACCCGUCGUUCUUGCUCUUUCUGCUCCAUCACUGGGACCUUGUCAGGCGUUCUUAAAGGGAAAUCUGCGGAAAGAGUUUCCCAGAAAGGUGAGACAGAGCCCAUCUGACUUGCCAUCAGAGUGAAAGAAAAUGUCUUUAUUUAAAGCUCGUGAUUGGUGGUCUACUGUUUUGGGAGAAAAAGAAGAAUUUGAUCAAGGCUGCCUGUGUUUGGCUGAUGUUGACAAUAGUGGAAAUGGACAUGAUAAAAUAAUUGUGGGUAGCUUUAUGGGAUAUCUAAGAAUCUUUAACCCCCAUCCGGUAAAGACAGGAGAUGGAGCUCAAGCGGAAGAUUUGCUUCUAGAAGUACAUCUACAAGAUCCAAUACUUCAAGUGGAAGUAGGAAAGUUUGUCUCAGGUUCUGAACUACUGCAUUUGGCUGUGUUGCAUUCUAGAAAACUUUGUGUCUACUCUGUCUCAGGAACCUUGGGUAAUGUGGAACAUGGGAAUCAAUAUCAGAUUAAAUUGAUGUAUGAACAUAAUCUUCAGAGAACAGCUUGCAAUAUGACAUAUGGAUCAUUUGGUGGUGUAAAAGGUCGAGAUUUAAUUUGUAUCCAGUCUAUGGAUGGGAUGCUGAUGGUGUUUGAGCAGGAAAGCUAUGCUUUUGGGAGAUUUCUCCCCGGUUCUCUUCUGCCUGGCCCCCUUGCUUACAGUUCCCGCACAGAUUCCUUUAUUACUGUCUCUUCCUGCCGACAGGUGGAAAGUUAUAAGUAUGAAGUACUUGCUUUUGCAACAGAUGCAGAUAAAAGACAGGAGACUGAACAGCAAAAAGUUGGUUCUGGAAAAAGACUAGUCGUGGAUUGGACUCUAAAUAUUGGAGAGCAAGCCCUUGAUAUAUGUAUUGUCUCUUUCAAUCAGUCAGCAUCUUCUGUUUUUGUUCUUGGUGAAAGAAACUUUUUUUGCCUUAAGGAAAAUGGACAAAUUCGAUUUAUGAAGAAGCUUGAGUGUAGCCCAAGUUGUUUUCUCCCAUAUUGCUCAGUUUCUGAAGGAACAAUAAAUACUUUGAUUGGAAACCAUAAUAAUAUGUUGCAUAUUUAUCAGGAUGUGACACUGAAGUGGGCCACUCAACUUCCCCACAUUCCUGUGGCAGUUAGAGUGGGCUGUUUGCAUGAUUUAAAGGGAGUGAUAAUCACUCUGAGUGAUGAUGGUCACUUGCAGUGUUCAUACCUGGGGACAGAUCCUUCUCUGUUCCAAGCUCCAAAAGUGGAAUCUAGAGAACUAAACUAUGAUGAACUUGAUAUAGAAUUGAAAGAACUUCAGAAAGUCAUUAAAGAUGUUAACAAGUCACAAGGUGUUUGGCCCAUGACUGAGAGAGAAGAUGACUUGAACGUUUUUGCUGUGGUUUCUCCUAACUUUGAUUCAGUGUCUCAAGCAACUGAUGCUGAAGUAGGAACUGACCCUGUCCCUUCUGUCACAGUGAAGGUCACACUGCAGAAUCGGGUGGUAUUGCCAAAAGCCAAGUUAUCAAUCUAUGUGCAACCACCAUUAGAAUUGACUUGUGAUCAGUUCACCUUUGAAUUUAUGACACCAGAGAUGACUAGAACAGUAGCCAUUUCUGUUUAUCUGAAAAGAAGUUAUAUACCAUCUGAAUUGGAAGGAAAUGCUGUUGUUUCUUAUUCCAGACCAACAGAUCGAAAUCCUGAUGGCAUUCCUCGAGUUAUCCAAUGUAAAUUUAGACUUCCCCUAAAAUUAAUCUGCCUGCCAGGUCAGCCUUCAAAAACUGCAAGCCACAAACUGACUAUUGAUACCAACAAACCUCCAGUCAGUCUCCUCAGUCUCUUCCCAGGCUUUGCCAGUCAGUCAGAAGAUGAUCAGGUGAAUGUAAUGGGUUUUCGCUUCUUAGGAGGUUUCCAAGUUACUCUUCUUGCUUCCAAAACUUCUCAACGAUAUCGCAUUCAGAGUGAACAAUUUGAAGAUCUUUGGCUCAUAACUAAUGAGCUUAUUCUUCGCCUUCAAGAAUAUUUCGAAAAACAGGGAAUCAAAGAUUUUGCAUGUUCUUUUUCUGGAUCUAUGCCCCUACAAGAAUAUUUUGAGUUAAUUGAUCAUCAUUUUGAGCUGAGGAUACAUGGUGAAAAAUUAGAAGAACUCUUAUCUGAAAGAGCUGUACAAUUUCGGGCCAUUCAACGUCGGUUGUUAACAAGGUUCAAAGAUAAAACACCUGCCCCUCUCCAACACCUGGACACUUUGUUAGAUGGAACUUACAAGCAGGUAAUUGCUCUAGCAGAUGCAGUAAAGAAAAACCAAGGCGAUCUGUUCCAGUCAUUCACCAGGCUGAAAAGUGCCACUCAUUUGGUGAUUCUGCUGAUUGGGCUGUGGCAGAAGCUUAGUGCUGACCAGAUUGCUAUUCUGGAGGCGGCAUUUCUACCACUACAGGAAGACACUCAAGAAUUGGGUUGGGAAGAAACGGUGGAUGCCGCCAUUUCCCAUCUUUUGAAGACUUGCCUGUCAAAGAGUUCGAAGGAGCAGGCUUUGAACCUCAACAGCCAACUGGACAUACCCAAAGACACAAGCCGACUGAAGAAGCAUAUCACCUUGCUCUGCGAUAGAUUAGCCAAAGGUGGCCGUCUCUGCUUAAGUACUGACACAGCAACCCCACAGACCAUGGUCAUGCCAGGUGGCUGUACUACGAUCCCAGAAUCAGACCUAGAGGAAAGAUCAGUAGAACAAGACUCCACAGAACUGUUUACGAACCACAGGCACCUCAUUACAGAGACACCCAUGCCUGUUUCACCUACACAAGGAGUCUCAGAAUAAUCCAAGUAGAGUUGUUCUGUUGAGAGGAAGAUGCCCUUCCUAAGGCUGAACCUGUGUGAACCUCACGCCAAGCACAGAUGUAGGGGUUGCCCAGGUGCUGCAUAAAGCUUUACCUUCUUGGAUAUGAUACUAUGUAGAGCUGGGACUGGGACUUUUUAUUUCCUAGGGGGACUUGUAAUGCUGUGGACAAGCCAAUUGAAACUUGUCUUGUCUUACCAGCAAAGGAGGUAGCUGCCUUUGUCAUCUGUAUGCUUAUAGUCACAGGAUAUAGCAAGAUGACAUAGUUUUGGACAGAAUUUUUAAUGCAAAUAUCCAGAUCCAAAAUUUGAUACCCCAUUUUUUCACAGAAUUGUUAUAUAGUAAAUGAAUGUAUCGAGUUUAAUAAAACAUCUCAUUGUCAAACAGUAUCUUGUAUUUGCUUUAUAAUCAGAAGGUUGUAUAAGUGACUGCUCUGUGAUUUCAUCAGUGGAAAGAAAUGGCAUUGAAAACUUUGUGAGACUUGAAUGUGAUUAUUUUAUAAAUAAAGAAACUGCUACAUAUGAUUUACUCUAUUAAGCUAAGAGUUGGAGAAAGUAGGCUUUCUAGUAUUGUAUGAAAAAGGUUAAAAUAUCUUCACGGAAGCUGGUAUGUUAACAGCCUCUUUUCAUUAUCCUAAUGGGUGACACCUUUAAAAAAAUAUAGGUCGUAAAAGGAGUCACACUUCAUUACAAUAAAAAUUAAGGUUUUUAUAUGUAAGAAAUAAAAGAUUUUACCCAUUUCAACUUAGGAUGACAGCUGUAAGACUGAUUUAUUUAAACAAAUAUAUGUCUAUUCCUGUU